AUGGAUAAGGGGGAAGCAACAAAGCAAGCCGUGAACAUAGUCUUGGUAGGUCGUACAGGGAAUGGGAAAAGCGCCACGGGGAACAGCAUCAUUGGACAAAAAGUAUUUGAGUCAGAAGAAGCACAUGCAACAAAAUGUCAGAAGCAUGAAGCUGUCAAAGGAGAUGAUCACACCAUCAACGUGAUUGACACUCCAGCGGAAGGAGGGAUUCACGCUGUGGUCUUGGUUCUAUCUGCAAGGACUCAGAUUACGGAAGAGGAAGAGAGCACACUUGGAAUCUUGCAUGCUCUCUUUGGGAGUGAAAUCGCUGCUUAUGUUAUCGUCGUUUUCACCGGCGGUGAUGUGCUGGGAGAGAAGGGUGUGACACUAGAAGAGUUCUUGGUUGGAGAAGAUUGUCCUCCCUUCGUAGAGGAAGUUUUGAACAUGUCUGGUAACCGAAUGGUUCUGUUCGACAACAAAACAAAUGAUGAAAGCAAGAAGGCUGAGCAAGUCAAUAAGCUUCUCUCUCUAGUAGAUGAAAUCAAAAAGAACAACCAUGGACAGUCAUAUACAGAUGACAUGCACAAUGAGAUAAACGAACAUACCGACAAACUAAGCAAGGAGCUUGAGGAGAUUGAAUCAAAAGAGCAUCCAGCUGAUUUGGAAUCAGAGUUGAAAAAUAAGUUGCAUGCAUCGUUUGAAGAGAGUAUGACGCUUAUGUCUAACGAGGUGGAGAAGAAGCUGAAAGCUGCAAAAGAAGAGGGGAAAGUUACGGAAGAAGAAGAAGAGACAGGCCAUGUACGCGCUCAAAAGCUCCGUGCAACAGCAGUUAUUCGUUUGUGCAACAUCCUGUGA